AUGGUCGGUACUCCACUAUGCAAAUUACGUGGAUCCUACCACAACACUUUAUUAAUUCUUUCCUUCUUUUUUUCUUUUAUCAACUCUUUCUUUCUUUUUAAUUCAUCAAUUCUUUCCUUCUUUUUUCUUUUGUCAACUUUUUCUUUCCUUUUCCUUCAUCAUACUUUUUCUUAUUUUUUUAUCAUCUCUAUUCAAAUAUUUCUUAUUUUUUCCUUUUUUCCAACUCUUUCCUUCUUGUUAUCAAUUCUUUCAUUUUUGUUUUUCUUUUUAUCAAUUGUUUCCUACUUUUCCCUUUUAUUAACUCUACCCUUUUUUAUCAUCUCUUUCUUUUUACUUUUAUCAAUCUUUUUUUCUUUUAUCCAUUCUUUCUUUUUUUUUUCUUUUUUCAAACCUUUCCCUUUUUUUUCUUUUUUCAAUUCUUUCCUUUAUUUUUCCUUUUGUAUCAACUCUUUCUUUCUUUUUUUCUUUUUAUCAACUCUUUCCUUUUUCUUUUAUCAACCCUUUUCCUUUUUCUUUUAUCGCAUCUUUCCUUCUUGUUUUUCUUUUAUCAACCCUUUCCUUUUUAUCAACUUUUUCUUUCUUCUUCCUUUUCAUCAACUUUUUCUUUCUUUUUCCUUUUUAUCAACUCUGUCCUUCGUUUUCCUUUAUCAAUUGUUUCUUUAUUUUUCCUUACUAUCAACUCUAUCCUUUUAUUUUCCUUUUAUUAAAUCUUUCCCUCCUUUUUCUCAUAUCUUCACUUUCUUUUUACUUUUAUCAAUUCUUUCGUUCCUUUUAUUUUUUAUCAACUCUUUCCUUCUUUUUCCUUUCAUCGACUCUUUCCUUCUUUUUCUUUUUAUCAACUCUUUUCUUUUUUUCUUUUAUCGACUCUUUCCUUCUUUUCCGUUUAUCAACUCUUUCUUUCUUUUUUCCUUUCAUCUUUAUUUGCCUAUUUCUUUCUUUUUCUCAUCCUUAAUUUCUCGAUUUCCUUCGUUUAUUUUCUAUCUGAUCAAAUUUCUUCUUUUUUAUUUCUCUUGUUCUUUCAUUUGUUCCUUUUUAUUCUACAGAGCAAAACUUAAAACAAUCUCUCUUUCUCUCUCUCAUUCUCUCUCUCUCUCUCUCUAUCUGAACGACUCAGAAAUCUGUGAAAUAAGUCGCAGAAUAAUUGACAUGCUUUCAUCAUCAGAUAAAAAUAUAAUUGCCACUUCCUCUUCCCCUGUGUAA